AAGACAAGGACCAAAGAAAAAAAAAAAAACAAGCUGUGGUGUUAAUAAUAGUUUACUCAGCCAAGUCUCUGACCUACUUUAAACUUUCAAGCACUGUGAGAUCGUAUGAUGGAACGUCAUCAUUUUGAAUAACAGGAACUGCCUCAUGGACUUGAAGAAUGCUGCUCUUCUAGGUGUGCAAGAGUAAAAUGCACGCCCCAUUUAAUCAAUGGUGAGCUCUUUCUUCAUACCUGUGCGCUUUAACGCCAUUUUAGAUAGCAUACCCAUGGCACAAGGAAGUACUGUAAUGGAGGACACACCAAAAAAUUUGUUCUCUUAGAUGACCAUUUAACAACUGAAAAGUGUUUUGGCGAGAAGUCAUAUGGUUGUUAUGAGCUAAAUAUCUGCAGCGACCAUGGCAAGCAAAUCUUCACCAACAGCUCCAGGGGGCCCAACUCCUCUUUCAGAGCUGAGGGUUGUGCUGCUGGGGAAAGCUGGAGCUGGUAAGAGUAAAGUGGCCAGACUCCUACUGGGAGGAAAAGACCUAAAGGAAGCUUGUGAUCGUUGUGUUUUACAUGAAAAUAAACAUGCAGGAAGGAGAAUCUGGGUGGUGGACACACCAGGAUGGGACAGAUAUUCCAUACAUAAUACCUCAGAGAAUAUCAAAGAGGAAAUUAUAAGAAGUGCGAGCCUCUGCCCUACAGGACCCCAUGCUCUGAUUCUGGUGCUGCCUGUAGACAAACUCACAGAUGCUCACUCUGCAGAUGAACUUAAAUCAGCACAGCAGCACAUGGAGCUUCUGUCUGAGAGGGUCUGGAAACACACUAUGGUGCUGUUCCUAUGUGAUGGAGAAGUGGAAGAAACCACAGUCACAAAGCACAUUGACAAUGCAAAAAACCUUCUGGAAAAAUGUGGCAACGGACAUUACGUUCUACAGAACAUGGGCUCAGAAACCCAAGUCCAUGAAUUCCUCAAGAAGAUAGAGAAUUUAGUGGACAAUAAUGAUUACUUCCCGCCACAGACUUACUUUGAUAUGAUACAGAGUAAAACCCCACAGCCUGAAGACACAGAGGUGAAGGGGGAUAAAAAACACUCUGAAGAACAUUCACAGGAGAAAACAGAGCUCCGGCACAGACGUGGAAGUUACCCAAUUAACAGACCAAACUUAAAUGAAGAAAAAGGGACUUCUGGGAAUCAGACGGAGGGUGGUGAAGCUACCAAGCACCAGAAUCAGGAUGACUUCUAUGCAUUGCUAUGGAACUGCCUUCCUCCAGCAACGGUGAUACUAUUUGUAAUUAUUGGGGCACUUAUAGGCUCAGUGGCAGGAGCUGCAUAUGGACCACUGGGGUCAGGUGCAGGGAUUGUUUUUGGGGUUGUGCUAUCAGUUUUAAUCUCUAUUUUGCUGAUUUAUGCCCUAAACUUGGCAAGAUGGAGAACAACAUAGGGUUAAUGAGACUCUCUAUGUCAAAUGAAAAUUGUAAAAUAUAAAAAAGUAAGAUGUGUUAGAGCAAUGUUAGAGCAGAUUUUGGUGCUGGAUCAGCAUUUACAUUAUUCAAAAAUGUAUGUAUAUAUAUGAUGAAAAAGGGAGUGAGGGAGGAUAUGGGGAGCAGGACACAACACUGUGCACAAUUGUUGGGAGUAUGAUUAUAUACUAGAGUGAUACUGACCAGAAAAUAAAUAAGACAGAUUUUCAACAUUCUCGAAAUGUCAAAUGUAGAACAUAAAUCUAUCAAGUGCUAAAUGUUUAACAGUGCUGGGCAGCUCCACUCUUCUGUGGUGGUAUUCCCAAAACAGCUCAGAUCACAUUUUCCCAGUGUUUAUGAAGCACUGAUAAAAGUUUAGAGGACUCAGAUCUGAGCAAUAAAGCAAAAUGUAUGCACUAAUAUGUAUAUUAAUAUGGAUAUUAAUGGACAAAUUACAAAACAAGUCAAUGAGCCUUCCCUGGUUAGCCUGGACAUUUUUGGUGUCUGAAUUUUGCUUCUUUAGUUAGCUAAUGUGGCUAACAAGUAAUAGAAGCAUAUUUCCCACGAAUUAUCAUCAGGAAAGUUGCCUAUGUGUCUUUUUUAAUAAAGUUCCAUGGUGUUUUUAAUCAGCUUAACAGAACAUUCUGUUGCCUACUUAGCCUUUAGCAUCUUUGAUUUGGUAAUUAGGUGGUCUCAAAUUAGGCUUCUCUCAGAGUCUGUGUGAGAAAUAUUCAUCCUUUAAGGUAUCUAAGUUGGCUACUUUUUAUUCAUUUUGGUUUGUAUUUUUAUUUAAAAUCUUGUUUGCUUGGAUAGUUGUGUGUCACAGACCUCCUUUGGAGGAGUGGUGCUUCUCAAACACAUCA